AUGUGCCAGGCACACCCUGCCAGCUCCUCCCGUAGCAUGUCAGCCACACCUGCCAGGCCUCCCUGCAACAUAUGCCAGCCACACCUGCCAGCCCUCCGCAACAUGUGCCGUCCACCUGAGAGCCUCCCUCCUGCAUGUGCCGUCCACACCUGCCAGCCCUCCUGCAACAUGUGCCAGCCACACCUGAGAGCGCUCCCACAACAUCUGCCAGCCACACCUGCCACGCCCUCCUGCAACAUGUCUGCCCACACCUUAGAGAUCUCCCUGCACUGUGCCCCCACACCUGCCAGCCCUCCCUGCAACAUGCCACACCUACCAGCCCUCCUCCUGCAACAUGUGCCCACAUGCCAGCCCUCCUGCAUAACAUGUGCCAGCCACACCUGCCAGCCCUCCCAACAUGCCGCCCACACCUGA